UUGAUUCACACAGUCCUUCCUCCAUAACAAGUCAAACGCCCGUCUGAGAGUGCCUCCCUGCGCGAGCGCCGGGUGUGUGUGCGCCGGCGAGAGCAGGGGCCCGCCCGGCUCUCCGCCCGCCAGCCCGUCCGUCCGCUCGCCCGCCGCGGCCCGAACUCAUGCUGCGCGGAGCAAGCGGCGAGGAGCCCAGCGCCGCGGGCCGAACCCCUCCUGCAGCAGGCUGCCUGCUGUUUCCCGGGGAGAUCAUGAAACGAGGUCGCCUUCCCAGCAGCAGUGAGGAUUCUGACGACAAUGGCAGCCUGUCAACUACGUGGUCACAGAAUUCCCGAUCUCAGCACAGGAGAAGUUCAUGCUCCAGACAUGAAGACCGGAAGCCUUCAGAGGUGUUUAGGACAGACCUGAUCACCGCCAUGAAGUUGCACGACUCCUACCAGCUGAACCCGGAUGAGUAUUAUGUACUGGCAGAUCCCUGGAGACAGGAGUGGGAGAAGGGGGUCCAGGUGCCAGUGAGCCCUGGGACCAUCCCUCAGCCCGUGGCCAGGGUUGUGUCUGAAGAGAAGUCCCUCAUGUUCAUCAGGCCCAAGAAAUACAUCAUCUCUUCGGGCUCCGAGCCUCCAGAGCUGGGCUAUGUGGAUAUCCGGACGCUGGCCGACAGUGUGUGCCGUUACGAUCUCAAUGACAUGGACGCUGCGUGGCUGGAACUGACCAAUGAGGAGUUUAAGGAGAUGGGAAUGCCUGAGUUAGAUGAAUACACAAUGGAAAGGGUGCUGGAGGAGUUUGAACAGCGAUGCUACGACAACAUGAAUCAUGCUAUAGAGACCGAGGAAGGGCUGGGGAUCGAGUAUGACGAGGAUGUCGUCUGCGACGUCUGCCAGUCGCCUGACGGUGAGGAUGGCAACGAGAUGGUGUUCUGUGACAAAUGCAACAUCUGUGUGCACCAGGCCUGUUACGGAAUCCUCAAGGUCCCAGAGGGCAGUUGGCUGUGCCGGACCUGUGCCCUCGGGGUUCAGCCCAAGUGUUUGCUGUGUCCGAAGAAAGGUGGCGCCAUGAAACCCACCCGCAGUGGGACCAAGUGGGUCCACGUCAGCUGUGCGCUGUGGAUCCCUGAGGUGAGCAUCGGCAGCCCAGAGAAGAUGGAGCCCAUCACGAAGGUGUCUCACAUCCCCAGCAGUCGCUGGGCACUGGUGUGCAGCCUCUGCAACGAGAAGUUUGGGGCCUCCAUACAGUGCUCUGUGAAGAACUGCCGCACGGCCUUCCACGUCACCUGUGCUUUUGACCGCGGCCUGGAGAUGAAGACCAUCUUGGCGGAGAACGAUGAAGUCAAGUUCAAGUCCUACUGCCCGAAGCAUAGCUCACAUCGCAAACCCGAGGAGACCCUCGGUGAGGGGGCCGCUCAGGAGAAUGGGGCUCCUGAGUGCUCCCCCCGGGAUCCGCUGGAGCCCUUUGCCGGCCUGGAGCAGAAUCAGGAGGAGGCUCACCGGGUGAGUGUCCGCAAGCAGAAGCUGCAGCAGCUGGAGGAUGAGUUCUACACCUUCGUCAACCUGCUGGAUGUUGCCAGGGCCCUGCGGCUGCCUGAGGAGGUAGUGGAUUUCCUGUACCAGUACUGGAAGUUGAAGAGGAAGGUCAACUUCAACAAGCCCCUGAUCACUCCAAAGAAAGAUGAAGAGGACAAUCUAGCGAAGCGGGAGCAGGAUGUCUUGUUUAGGAGGCUGCAGCUGUUCACUCACCUGCGGCAGGACCUGGAGAGGGUUCGGAACCUCACUUACAUGGUGACCCGCAGGGAAAAGAUUAAACGAUCUGUGUGCAAAGUCCAGGAACAGAUAUUCAAUCUUUACACUAAGCUUUUGGAGCAAGAAAGAGUUUCAGGUGUGCCUUCUUCGUCCUGCUCCUCCUCCUCACUGGAAAACAUGCUUUUGUUUAACAGUCCUUCUGUGGGCCCUGAUGCUCCCAAGAUAGAGGACUUGAAGUGGCAUUCUGCAUUCUUCAGGAAGCAGAUGGGUACCUCCUUGGUUCACUCGCUGAAAAAGCCCCAUAAGCGAGACCCACUGCAGAACAGCACCACGAGUGAAGGCAAAAGCCUGCUCAAGCAGCCAGACCUGUGUGGUAGAAGGGAGGGGACGGCGGGCACAGAGAGCUUUCUGAGUUUUGAAAAGACCUUUGCAGAAGCACGUCUCAUGUCAGCACAACAGAAAAACGGUGUGGUGAUGCCAGACCACGGGAACAGAAGAGACCACCGUUUUCAUUGUGACCCUAGUAAGGGAGACUUAAAGGACAGACCUUUUAAACAGAGUCACAAGCCUCUCAGGUCCACAGACGUGUCCCAGAGGCAUCUGGACAGCACAAGAGCUGCCACCUCCCCUGGAGGGGGGCCGUCAGCACCCGGCACCAGGAAGGAGAUGGUGCCCAAGUGUAACGGCUCCCUAAUCAAAGUAAACUAUAACCAGACUGCAGUCAAAGUGCCUACAACACCUGCCAGCCCAGUGAAAAACUGGGGAGGAUUCCGGAUUCCAAAGAAGGGGGAACGGCAGCAGCAGGGAGAGGCCCAGGAGGGGGCCUGCCACCAGCACUCAGACUACCCCUAUUUGGGCUUAGGCCGAGUUCCAGCCAAGGAAAGGGCGAAAAGCAAAUUGAAAUCUGACAGUGAGAAUGACGGGUAUGUCCCUGACGUAGAAAUGAGUGACUCAGAGAGUGAGGCAUCAGAAAAGAAAUGCAUACAUGCCAGCAGCACUAUCAGCAGGAGGACAGACAUUAUCAGGAGAAGCAUUUUGGCCUCUUAAUGAAGCAGAGCUGUUGUGGGAGCACCGCCGGCUUGUUACCAAGCAGACGAGAGCUCUGACACGGGGGACGAGCAGAGACCUCUCUCUCCUGAGCUACACAAACACAUUUACUUGCAAUUCAGAUUGAAUUUUUUUUCAGAGUCAUUUAUAAAUCAUUGUGAGAAGUGUGUGUUAUCUGCAACUUGUUGAGGAAACACAAGAGUAGAUUGUAACCGUAAGACACUGCUAAAACUAGAGGCUGAAUUAAACACUAAAAUGAGAAUUAAUUGAAAUAAGUUUCUAAAGAGGGCAAGGCUUAAAUAAGCCUCAUGAGCUUUUACUGCCCUCUGUAUUCUUCCCAAAGCACAAACUUGGUGACCUGAAUAUAUGGAAUCAGAUAUGAUUCUUGAGAAACCCUCACGUACCAUUUAACAGCCCAUAAAACUUAUUUUCUAGGACUGUGUUGGAUCUCGAAAUCACAUUUAUACUUUGGCCCACAAGGCUGUUUUUGUUGCGUCAUAGUAUACAGGCAGUAGCUCGGAAGCUUCAGGAACUCUAGGGAAUUCAUGUGUAAAUAGAGACGGGGAAGAGAACAUUUUAAGAAAGGUCAUUACUGGAAGAUCUGAAGGGACAGGGUAGAGCUGCUGGGGCUCGGAGGUUUAGGGCAAAUGUAAGCAAGGUCCUGCUGCCGGAAGCCCUUGAACGUGUCGUGCACGUGGGGCUGGUGGAGAGUGAGGCCAUGAGAAAGCGCCAUCUGUGAGAAAGGGCCACUGAGGCCUCAUGGUCACCAGUCCUCUCAAGGCCUUCCUCCUCCCUAACCACUGCCUUCGGGCCGCUUGGGAUUUCCCUGGCCAUCCAGCUUCCAACAACACAAUGGCUAUUCAAGUUCGAGCCAUGAACUUCCAGACUCUGGUGACUCAUAACUUCCCAGAGCCAACCACUAGUGCAUAUGUCGGGGAAUCCGGCCUUCCAACAUGAAUGGAUUCCUUAAGAAAAAGGAAAAAAAUGAAAAACAAAAAAGGGAUAAAAAGCAAAAUAGGUUAUAUUUUAAAAACAAUAGAAAGGCAAUAAGUUGCGAUAACCUCUUACCAUUGACCAAGGUUACACAGGAAAGAGACUGAAGUGUAAUAGGUUUCCUGGAGUCAAGAGUUCUAAGCUCUAAUUCGUAACUUGGACUUUCUGAUUGCAAAUGGCAAUAACUAGUAAGUUAUCAGCAAUAAUAAAGUUAGCAUUAAAUUUGAGUACAAUGUUCUGUUUCUGCACUCACUGCAGUGCAUUAUGUAUUAAGACAGUGGAUAGUGUUAAGGUCCUGUUUAAUUUUCUUUGGAAUUCUAUGUAGUUGUGACUCAAACUUAAGAGAAGGAAAGUUUAAGUAGCAAUGAGAUUUAGACGUAUGGGCACUUGGAACAAGCCCAACUUUCCCUAAAUUAGCCCUUAGUUUGUUAGUAUCAGUAUUCAGAUUCCUGAUUCAUUUACACAUCUGUUUCCACGUGGCAGGGACAUUCUGAUACUUAAUGAAUAGUGCUUGAGUUCUGUAGUUAACUUCCAAGUCUUCCAGAAUGAUUGUCAACAAUGAAAAUGGCUUAUUGAAUUCCAUCUUGCUAUGCAAGUUUUAUCAGAUGAUCAAAUAGUAGAUCUGAUACAUCCCCAUUGUAUGUAUGACAUUUUCAAACCAAGUCUUAACUUUUCGAAUACAUUUUAAGCUAAUUCAGGGGAGGGGAAAGAAUGACCCAGGUUUUUAGAUUGACUAUUUUUGAGCUAUGGGGCUCAUUUUGAAAGAUUGCUGUCUGGAUAAACUGUUGCUGUAGAUAUUAGAAGUUUCUUAUGAAUCCAAGUUAUACAUUCACUCAUAGCAGAAUUGGAAAAUCAAAUUUUUUGCAUAUGAGCAAAAACCUUUUGCUGAAUACAGAAGGUGGACUCUAUCUACAGUUAUCUUUUGACUAUAGCAACAGCCCUGGAUGACAGCAGAAUAUAUAGAGGGAUAAUUUGUCAAGCCAUAGAAAGAAAAUCUAAAUUAAUUCUAGUAAGUAUAUGACCUCUCACCAUUAUAAGAGGUACCAGGUUCAUUUGCACUAUUAGGAAUGCUAGUUGUGUGCAAAAAUAAUGCCUUACCUGUUUUUUCCCCACAUUUAGGUUGAAAAGCUUUCAAACGUUCCAAGUUAUGCUGAACCAAAAAACAAAAAACAAAACAAAACAAAAAAAUAAAAAAAACCCACACAAAAACAAAACACACAAAAAUAAAAAGCCCACACUUUCUAUUCCUGCUUUGAAAUGCAAAUGGUACAGAGCACGGUUUCUCUGACAGUGUAAUGAUAGCUUUGCAAGUUAAGUUAGUUUCAUGCCCUGCUGGGAACUCUGUAUGAGGUGGCCACGAGCGCAACCAGCCCAACCUGCCCACCUGCACUCUGCGUAUGGAACCAUUUGCUCUUUUCUUCUUUUUCUUUUCUUUUCUUUUUCCAAAGCUUUAUCUUUACUUGUGCAUCCUGACCAAGAAAUAUCUUUGAUUAUGAUCAGUGUAUUAUGUCAAAAUGUAGGCUAGUUAAACUUUUGUAAAGUUGCCUGGAAUGUCAUUUGUUAGGUUAUAAACACAAAAUCUAAAUGAAGGGUUUUAUGUGUUGUGUACAAAUCUUAAUUAUUUUGAAAUGGACAAACUUGUCAUUACAUUUGUAACCUUGUACAGAGGAUUUUUCACUAUGUGCCUAGCUUGGUGUCCAUUCAGCUAAAAUUGAAAAAAAAAGGUGCAUGAAGAGUUAAAAAUCAGAAUUAAACAAAGUAUAUGUAGAGAUGACUAUUUUAUAUUACAUGGCCCAAUCCUGUAUUUAUUUCUACCCCCUUUUUGAAAGUAUUUAUAAAACUAGUUGAGGACAGCUGUAUUUUUUUGUUGAACUAUUUAGUAGAAUUUGUGCCUUUUUGUCUGUAUGUGAAUAAAUGCUGUACAUUUUGCAGUA